AUGAUCAUGGUGAAUAGCAUUAGCAUUAAGAUGCUUCUGUUGCUGGUUUGGCAAGGGAAAGAUGACAACGAAGAUUUAUUUCAUGCUCUCAAAUUAUUGUUUACUACCACAUCAGAAGGCAAAUCGCAACAAAAGGCAGACGGAUGCGAUGAAGUGGUCAACACAAUAAAUCUUUGCGGAGAUUCUAAAGAUUGGUUUUCCGUUUAA